GAGAACUUAGCACUUCCGACGUUUCACUUCCGAUCGGGGUGGAACGGUUUGUUCCCCGUCCCUUGUGUCACAUGUCGGCUCCGUUCGAGGAGCGCAGCGGGGUGGUUCCCUGCGGGACGCCAUGGGGCCGCUGGUACCAGACCCUGGAGGAGGUGUUCAUCGAGGUGCAGGUGCCGCCGGGCACGAGAGCGAAGGAUGUGCGCUGUAACCUGCAGAGCAGGAGCGUGGCACUGUCUGUGUGCGGCCGGGAGGUGCUGCAGGGUAAACUUUUUGACUCUACGAUAGCUGAUGAAGGAACGUGGACCUUAGAAGACCGAAAACUGAUACGAAUUGUUCUGAUGAAGACUAAUCGAGAUGCUGGAAAUUGCUGGACAUCUCUGUUAGAAAAUGAAUACGCUGCUGAUCCUUGGGUUCAAGACCAGAUGCAAAGGAAACUUACACUGGAGCGAUUCCAAAGAGAGAACCCUGGAUUUGACUUCAGUGGGGCAGAAAUUUCUGGAAAUUACAGCAAAGGAGGACCAGACUUCUCUAGCCUUGAAAAAUGAACUGUUUGCAACUGUGUUCCUUGGGAGCAAUCACAGAUUACACUGGAGGACUGGAAUAUGUAACUGGUGAAGACUUCAGUGAUCUAUCCAGCAGAUUGUUGGCAAGUAAUCACUUCAGUGAAGAGUAAGGAGGUCUAUUCUAGUAGAGCGAAGAGGAAGUGUUAGUAGCUACCUUUUAACAUCAACUUUCUAGUAACUUUCUAAUGUUAAAGGGAUUAAAUACACAAAAGGAAAUUACAAAUGGAAGCAGAACUUGUCUUUUUCUCACACCAUGGUUAGCUAGUGAGCUAUAAAUACACCACUUGUCUAUGCAAGAAUAUCUUGUUUGCUGUUGAAAAUGGACCCUAUAAGCAAAAUACCUAAUGUUUUUAUUUAACAUGCAACAUGGAACAUAGCAGGAAGGCUCAUUACAAAUUCUGUUUUAGCAGCCUGGUAAGAAUUUGUAAAUGUUAUUUUAAGACAGUGGUUUAAAUAAAGAAAACUACUGGAUUUUGCCUGAAAUGAGGUUUUACAACCCCCUGCGCUGCCAAAUAUAAUACUAGUGAGAAAUGCUUGCUACCAGACCAGUUAAGUGACACAAGAAAAAUGAGAAGUCGGAUACAAGUCUGAAUAUAAAUAAUUGUGUUAAUGCAAUAUAGUAAUAUAUGGAUUUUUGAAAGUAAGAGGAUAUAGCAACUUCUAAAAGGAGCAGUAAGUCCCUAAGUAGAAAAUAGUAUCUUCCAUCUAUUCCUUACUGAUACACAGCAUAAGAAGAUGCAGCUGUAAAUUUUGUUAGGUAGUUCGAUAGUCACAUCUUAAACUUAGCUAUUGAAUGAUAUAAUACUUGGCAUUUCCCAAUUUCUUAUUUUCUCCUUGUUCUUAGAGACAAAGGCAAGGAGCCCUCCAGCUGCAUUACGCAGGACAAAUGCUGUGUCAAAUUGACUAAGAAAACGUGAUAGUAUUCUGAACCCUGAAAACACUGCCUACAGUUAGGUCCUAAGCAGGCAGCUCACUGGUGAUCAAUUGCCAGCAGCUGUCUAUCAUAUUGUUGAACCUUAUUUUUAAAAUGGCAUCAUCAUUUUAGUUGGCAUAUGGCAAAAAUGAAACCAUAGCUGGAAGAGAGCUUUCUUGUACCAUUAAGGAAGCACUUAGUACUCAUAAGAUAACCAAGUAUUCUUCUACCCAUGUAAUCCUUACACAAAUACAUAGUAGGUCCAAACACCAUGCUUGGGUUUUAGAAAAUUUGCCUUUCUGUGCAAACCACAGUACAGUUUUUUAUCUGAGGUAUCUUUACCACAGUCCUGGUUUAGAAGGUAGAUAGUAUAGCUAAGGAAUGAAUGAGGCUGCUGCAAAAGGUAGAACUGAGGACAGAGAUAGUAAGUAACUAUUAAUGCUGCUUCAAAGCACUGAGAUAUCAUUCAGUGCAAGAGUGUUUCACUUUACAGCAGUUACAUUUGUUUACACAGGAAUGUUUUUUAUUCUUUAUGCUUACACAAGUUCAGAGUAGCAUCUGAUGCUUACUGCAUGAACAGUUUUAUAGUAUAUUCUUUCCAAGCUAAGUUUUCUCAUAUUUUCUUCUUCACGAAGUGCUGUUUUGUGCUUCAUAAAGUAUGUGUUGAGCCAUUAUAGCUUGCAAUUAUUUUAGGAGCACAAGUUUAAACUAUUCGGUUUGCUGCUUCUAUUGUCUGCUGUGGUUUAUUUCCUGAACUGGAGUCUACUCUGUUUGCAGUUAUUAUUUCACCAGAUGAUGGUUUGUAUUCCAUCUUGCUGGGAUUCCAUCCCUUGUUUCUUAAAUAAACCAUAAAAGAUGUGACAUAUGCA